GGCAGGGGAGGGCGCCGCCGCCGCAGACAGCGCGCGACGAGGCGAAGAUGGUGCUCCAGGAGGAGGCGGAGCGGCAGCGGCGUGUGCAGGAGAAGCUUAAGGCGGAGAGGCGCGCGAAGCAGGAGGCAGAGGAGGCGGAGAGGAAACGCCAGGAGCAAUUGCGGAGGGAAGAGGAGGAGGACGCGGAGCGUCAGAGGGCGCAGAAAGAAGCAGAGGAGGCAGAACGAGUGCGGCGGGCGAGGGAGGAGCAGGAGCGCGGGAAGAGGCUUCAGAAGGCGGAGAGUGCUGCUCGUUUGAAGAGGAGGGAGGAGGAGCAGGCGCGUGAGGCUGCUCGUGCUAAGGCAGCCCAGGCUCUUACUGCUAAUUCUUCGUCUUCUCCGCCAUCAUCGCCGCCCAGGCAAGGGGGUGGAUUCGGAAUGUUCCAUAGGCGGCGGAAGGACGAUCUGCCAGCUUCGUCGGAGAGCUCGCCCAGCGGCGGCGGGAGACCCCGUCAGACGAGCGACGGCAAGGAUCGUGAUCUCGAUACGAUCAGACCUGGAGGUGGUGGCGCUGUGCUUGGCAUAGACGCUCCGAUUUCAGCGGUUAAUGCUGGAGACAGGCGAGUUAUGAUUGUGUGCAAUCAACAACACAUAUACCUUCCCGUGAAUGUGACGACAACGUCGCUAGACCUAAUCAAGUCGGCGGCCACGGUCUUGACCGAGCCAAUUGACGUUAGGACAGCGGUUAUCCAAGAGAAUUUCACAAAGGUCGGCCUCAUGCGGCCAAUCAGGAAUUACGAACAUAUCAGGGAUAUCAUGAACUCGUGGGACGACGACAAGCAAAACGAUUUGAUCAUUCUUGAUUCUAGAGCAAGCGGCAUCAACCAGGAGGAACUGCUCGCUGCGAAUGCUCCCACCUCCCGACCUGGCCCGUUCGGAUGUUAUAUGCAUUACUCAUCGAAGCCAGGGAAAUGGACGAAGAAGUGGAUAGGACUUCGUCAGGAUGGGCAAUUGGUCAUCAGCAAGAGCGAAGAUGCCAAAGCCGAGGAGAAUCUUUGCCAUCUUUCCGAUUUCGACCUCUACACGCCCACCGAACGUAAAUUUUCCAAGAUCAAGCCGCCGAAGAAGGUGUGCUUCGCUGUCAAGAGCCAGCUCAAAUCGAAUAUUUACGUGGACGAGACACGGUUCGUGAAUUUCUUUUGUACCAAUGAUCGAGCUGUUGCUGCGGAUUUCCACAAGAAUCUACAUGACUGGAGGUCGUGGUAUCUGAGGAACGUGCUGGGUGAGGGCCAGAAGAAGAAGGGCCCGGAUACGAAGACAGCAGGAGGAUUCAGGUCAACAUCAGGGAAUCCGGAACAGAGCGCGCCGCAAGGACAUGCCCGGAAUGCUUCUGUGGGGUCUCAUUACCAGCUCGGAACGUUCUCACCACUGCUCGACCUAGACCUGUUCAGUAAAGACAACCAGAAGGAUGACUUCAAGUUUGGUGCCUUCCCGGAUGAUGCUCCACUGUCCAGACUUGAUACCAAGACCAUGCACCAGAGGAAGAUGUCCACGCGAACCAAGGGGCCACCCCCUGUGUCGUACAGUUUGAAUAAAGACGACAUGCCGCCCAUGCCCAACCGACAAAACUCCUUCAGUCCAAGCACGAAUUCACAGGAGGAUGGCGAGGUCUUCGCAUCUGGCGGUCUCCUAGGCAGGACCUACACCCAGCGCCAGAAAGUCAUGAAUGACCGCGAACAACACAAGAACGCCACCCUCUCCGGCCCCUUCACCGAAGGUCCCUCCCUCCUAAACAACAUGCAAUCCUCCCAACCCUCCAACGACACCCUCCUCAGCCGCCGCUCCUCAGUCCGCAGCAACCACCACCGCCGAACCUCCAGCGACAUCCAACGCAGCAUGUCCACGCGCGUCAAGCCCAAACCCCUCGUCGACCUCACCCCCACCUACCGCGAACCCCCGCAGCACGCCCGCAAAGGCAAAGCCUUCAUCCCGGACACCACCAGCGCCCCAGGCCCCCUCGUCGAAAACGCAACCUCCCUCGAAGAAGCCAUCAAGGUCCCCUCGGCCGUCGACUGGCGCACCGGCCCGCGUCCCACGACCGCCCGCACACGCGGCCACUUCGGCCCCGAGGGCCACGAGCGCACGCGCUCCCUCAAAGGCCGUGGCGAAGCCCUCGCAAACCACGCCGUCAAUAACCACGAGAACGUCCCCGAGGACAGCAACAACGCGUUCACGGGUGGGGGCUUGCUCGCCGCGCGGACGGGGUUCAGCCAGGGUCACACGCCUGUGGGCCACGGCGUCAUGGAUGGGUCGAAGGCGAAGGGGCCGAUGCUGGAUUUGAGGGAGGGGUCGAAGUUUGCGACUGGGAGUCUGCUCGCGGGCGUGGAGAGGUCGCAGGGUGGAAAUGGUGGUGGUGGGCAGUAAGGGUGGAGUGGUGGAGGGUUUGUGAGUUGAUCGGACAGACAGACAGACAUAGAUACCCCACAAGUAUUGUAUUUGCAUUCGUAAUUGGUAUGAUGGUUCAUGGACUAUUUAGUUGGUAAUGUGUCUUCCCCUCUCCCUCUUCCUCUCUCUUCCAGCAGCGAUUGACCACGGUUGCUGGUACGGACUGA